CUUGGCAACCUGGCUAAGCUGACACCGGAUGCCCAGCCGACCAAUCAGACUUCCAGCGGAGGCUCCGGAAUGGCGGACUAUUCCGAGGCCGCGGAGACAGCAGCCCAAGGCGGCAGCAGAAACGAACUAGAUCCCAAAAUUUCUAAAGCGGCUAUAAAACACGCCAAGUUCGCUAUCAGCGCAUUGGACUAUGACGACCGGGCCACCGCCAUUAAGAAUCUCCAGGAGGCACUCAAGUUACUGACCACGUAG